AUGUACAAAAUGCUUCCGUAUGAGAAUCAAAUGUUUUUGGAUGUUUUACAUGAAGAUGGCCUAGUAAUAUGUGCAAAGUAAAUCAUAUUUAUACCAUCUUUGUUUUACCUAUCAUUUUUAUUUAUAAUUGUAUAAUUAUAGGGGUCUUGGAUUAGAAAUUGUGUUAUUAAACAUUAUUAAGGUUUAUUGUGAUCCUGGUAAUUUAGUGUUAGUUAUUGGUUCAUCAACUGCUGAAGAAGAUUAUUGGAUUUCUCAAUUAAAAAUAGAUGGUGUCAAACCAUUACCAAAAGUACUUUCGGCUGACACUUCAAUAACUGAAAGGUAAUAACAUAUUUGUUGUAAAGUAUAAUAUAAAAAUAAUUAUUUUUAUUAAUUUGAUUAUAGAGAAAAAAUUUAUCUUCAAGGUGGAGUAUUAUUUGUCUCGUCCAGAAUAUUAGUUGUGGAUCUUUUAAAACAAAGAAUUCCUACAGCUCAAAUUACUGGAUUUUUGGUUUGCAGAGCUUAUAAUAUUUUAGAAUCGUGUCAAGAAGCGUUUGCCCUAAGAUUAUAUCGUAUGGAAAAUAAAGUAAUGUUUAAUUACUUUGCUUAUAAUUUUGAAUUAAAGAUUUUCAGAUUGUUAACUAAUUGAUAAUUCUAAUAAAAAGGAAAUUAAAAUUUUAAAAAAAACUUAUGUUAAAUUUUCAAGCAUUUUGGCUUCAUUAUAUUCACAUAACUCAAAAAAAAAAGAAUGCAUAAAAUAUUACAUUAUUAAUACAAUUUUCAUAAAAAAUUUAAAAUGUCAACAUUUUUUAUUUGACCCCAAAAUAUAACUUAUGGUAUAAUCGAGUAAAAUUGUAUAACAUUUCUGGUAUGAUCAUCAUUUAUUGCUUCAUCAUAGCUAUAAACUUUACAGUUUUUUUAAAUUAUUAACAAAAUAACAAAAUAAAUUUUAAAAAAAGACAGACAUACAUGGGUGGUCUACUGUUGUAGGUUGGUAGGUAGGGGGAAAUUUAAUAUACAUCUAUGCAAUGGUUAACCAUUGCUUAUGAAAAACAAGUUUGGUUCGGUUAAUCGUGUUGCUUUGUCAACAAUAUGUACCUUUGUCAUAUUUUGGUAGAAUAAUUACAUGCGCAUUGUAUAUUUUUCCUUUAAUAAUAUUUGUUUAAUAUUGUUCUUAUUUUUUCAUUUUUCCUAAGUUUUUUAACAGUUUUUUCCAUUCAUUAUGAAAAUACCUGAGAAAUGCGAUUCAUGUUUUACUUUUUGAUAUACCUGAUAAUGAAUUUUUAAUUCAAACCUGGUCGUAUAAUACACUCAUAAUACAACAGACGGCAAAUCUAUUAAUUUAUUUAUUUUUGUUUUUAUUUUUAUAUAUACAUUUUUUGUUUAUAUAUUUACUAUAUUUAUUUAAGAGUUUUAACCAUUUUAAUAAUUUUGUUUUUAUUUUAUUAUUUUAUUAAAUAUAUUCUAUCUUUUGAAAAUAGUUUCUGCCAAUUUUAUUCCUAUCAAUCAUACUCAAUAAUACUAAACGUUUUUUCAGAGUGGUUUUAUUAAAGCUUUUUCAACAUCUUCACAAUCAUUCACUUAUGGAUUCACAAAAAUUGAAAGAAUUAUGAAAACUUUGUUCGUUCCUAAAUUAUAUCUUUGGCCCAGAUUUCAUAUUGAUGUUAAAAAUAGUUUAGACAAAAUAAAGGUAAUGGUAUUGAACUUUGUUAUAAUUAAUUAUUAUCAAAACGAAAUAUAAUUGUAAUUUUAGCCUCAAGUUAUAGAGUUACAUGUAGAAUUAACAUCAGCAAUGAUGGAAAUCCAAACUUGUUUACUUGAUCUUAUAAACUAUUCAAUUAAAGAGCUAAAGAGACUCAAUCCUUCUGUAAGUAUAAUUUAGUGUUAUUAUUUAAAUGGGUUUUUUGUAAUUUAUAAUUUUUUUUAUAGCUUGACACAGAAGAAAUUACAGUUGAAAACAGUUUAUCAAAAUGUUUUCACAAAAUAUUGCAAACUCAACUAAAUCCGAUUUGGCAUAGACUUAGUAGUACGACCAAACAAAUAGUGUCAGACCUGAAACUUUUACGAAAUUUAAUGAUGCAAGUAUAAUUAAAUUUUAAUCUUACUCUAAAAACUUGAUUUCAUUUGAUUAAUCAUCAAAUAGCACCUCAUUUUGUAUUUAAUUAUAAAUAUUAUUACAAUCACAUACACAGUAUACAUGUAUACACAUCCUAAACUAAAUUAUAAUAAAAUUCAAACAUGUUCUGAAUCUUUUUCAGGGAUGUUUUAAUUGUGUCGUUAUUGAUAGGAUCAUAAUUUGUCCGGUGUUCAAUACAGAAAAGAUUUAUUAAGAUAUUAUACUUUUUGAAGUUAAAAACCUGUGAAACUUUUAUUUUUUUAUUGUUGGAUUAAAUAAUAUUAAUAAGAAAAUAUAGUUUAGUUUUUAAAAUAAUAUAAAAAUAUUUCAUUAUUAUUAUUUGCCUGACUGAAAAUAAGCAUUUAACUAAAUGUUCCUAGGCAUUAAGUAAAAUGCCUUAUUUGAUUAUAUGCCUACAACAUAUAUAUUAUGGUAGUUCUUAUUUAAUAGAUGAAGGAAAAUGUUUACUAUCAAUUUUCUUAUAUUGAUGGACAUAAUGUAGGAGGAAGUAUUUGAUUCAAAGUAUCAUAACUUUUUUUUCUUUAUCUAUAAAAUAUGGACCACCCCAAUAUAUAUUAUAAUAGGUCUAGUAAUCAAGGCCCUCAUAUGUUUAUGCACUAAAAACAUUGAAUAAAAAAUAAUUACUACUUUAUAAAACAUAAUCAUAGAAUUUUUCUCUUAUUUAAUUCUACAUUUAUUUAAUUUUUAGAUCUGUUACAUCUUUAGAUUGUGUUAGAUUUCAUUCCAUGUUGUCAAAUUAUGCUUCUAAAGAAUACGUACAUCGUAGUUCAGGAUGGUUGUUACUUGAUUCUGCAGAAACAUUAUUUACCACAGCUAAAUAUCGUUUAUUUAAUUCAAAAAAAGGUAUUUAACUAUUCCCUAUUAACUUACCCAUAAAUAAAAUUAUCGAAAUAUUAAUAUUUCAUUUUUUUUUUUUCAGAAAUUUGCCCAGAACCUAACCCCAAAUGGGGAGGAUUGACAGAGAUUUUAAAAGAAAUAGAACAACAUUCAAAAGAAAGUGGUGAAAUUGUAUUAGUACUUGUAGAAUCUACUAAAACAUGUUGUCAGUUAAAAAAUGUAAUAUACUUUGUACAUAUUUAAAUAUAAUUACACAUCUAUAGUGUUUAAAAUGAUUUGUUUGUUUAUAUAGUUACUUGUCAAGGGAGCUGAUGAUUUACUCUUAAGUUUAUAUAAUAAACAUAUUAAAGAUAAACCAAUCAUAUUAACACAAAAGAAUGCACCUAAAGAAGAAACUAAAGUUGAUAUUUCAGAUGAUGAAAUAAAUAAUGAGGAAUUAAAUGAAGAUGAUUUAAAAAGUUGUUUCACUCUAACUCAAACUAAAAAUAAAGAAGGAGUUACAUUUACUGAAUAUACUAAUAAACUGGCGGUAUAUGUACAUUUUAUCAUCAUUAUUUUAAAUAUAAUUUUAAGUGUUUUAUUAAAGCUCAUCUAACCUGAAUAAUACAUUUUAAUUAACAUUAUUUAUAUAUGUUUUUUUUCCAUCUGAAUAACUUUUCUACCAGAAAUCUUGCUCCAAAGUGUAGCACCUUUUCUGAAAGAAAUUUAAUUUGAAUUUAUUCCACAAUUAUUUUUGAAUAAUAAUUAUUUGUAUUCAUUUUAUAAUUAGAAUGAAACAUUAAAAGAACCUAUUAUUGUAAUACAACAAUAUAAAAAAGAUGGAGAUUUUUUAUCUUUUCCACGCACAUUAAGAGAAUUACAACCUAAAUAUAUUGUUAUGUACGAUGCAAAUAUGACAGCAGUUAGACAAAUAGAAGUAAUAUUCAUAAUUAUUGAUAUAAUAUUAGUUAAUAAUUUAAAUGCAUUACGAAAAUCAUUAAUUUAUAGGUAUUUCAAAAUUCUGAUGCUCAAUUUAAGUUGACUGUUUAUUUUUUAAUAUUUGCUGGAUCCACUGAAGAACAAGCUUAUUUAACCACUCUUAAAAGAGAAAAACUACUUUUUGAUUUCUUAAUCAAAGAAAAAGCUGUAAAUAUUAUCUUUUUAGUGUAACUAUUAACAUUUGUAUGUUAUAAAUAUUGCUUAUAUUGUUAUAAAUAAUUUAGGUUAUGGUUAUACCUAAAGGUCAAGAUGGUAAAGAUGAAGAUUGCCCUGAGCUAUCUCGUGAUUUAGGUGUUCAUCCGUCAGACAUGUUAGAUGAUGAUGAAGAUAAAUCAUUUAAUCCAGGACAAACUAAUAAAAUUAAAGAAACACCUAAAGUUAUUGUUGAUAUGAGGGAAUUUAGAUCAGAUUUACCAGUAUUACUUCAUCGCCGUGGUAUUGAUAUAGAGCCAGUCACUUUACAAGUAACAUUUUAUUAUUUAGGUCAUUAUUCUAAGCUUAUUGCAUGUAAUAUUAUGUUUAGAUUGGUGAUUACAUUUUAACUCCAGAAAUGUGUGUAGAACGAAAAAGUAUUGAUGACUUAAUUGGUUCUUUAAAAUCUGGCAGAUUAUAUCAACAAGCUUUAAUGAUGUGUCGGCAUUAUACAAAACCAAUUCUACUUAUUGAAUUUGAUCAAAAUAAACCCUUCGAUUUACAAGUAAUUGUAUUGUUUAAUUAAAUUUAUAUUAUAUUUUAUUUUGCUUAAAUUAAAACACUGCAAUUUCUGUUUGAUUUAUCACUAAUACAAUCUCUAGUACCUAAUCUAAUGCACUUAGUAUGCAAUUAAUUGCAUGUCUAGUUUUAUAAAUAAUUGAUUUACACAAAGAGAUGUGUUAUACAAUUUUCUAAUUAAAAAUAAAUAUUCAGAAAUUUUACAAAUCAAAUAUGUGUUAGAAUAUUUUAAAAUUAGUUAAUUGUUUUGUUUGUUUUAAAUGUGAUUAAUAUUUUAGACAAAUAUAAUAAGUAUAUUGGUACUUAUAGUUAAUAAAACUCAGAAUUACAUAGUCGUUUUUAUGUUAAAAAUAAAUGUCUAUAACGAUGAUAACAAAUGCUGUUAUUUACAACUUUCUGAGCCAUGCUUACUAACCACACAGGAUAUCAUUUCCUAUACAUGACAAAAGUAACCUCAGUUCGCUUUCAAUUAUUUUAAGAUUUAUUUCAUUAUGCAUAUUAUUAUCAGAGUUUAUAUUUACACCUAGAUAUUUAAAGUUGUCCACCUGCUCCUGUUAUCUUCCAUUCCACUCAGAAUCUAAAAACAUAUCUAGUAUGUUUCCACACAUUUUUUAAUCAUCUAGAGUGUUUUCUUGUGCUUUUUACACCACCCUUACAUUUUUUCUCAGACAUCCUAGUAUGAUAUUGACAUACACUUAUCUAUAAAACCAAAGCAGCCCACUGAUAAGUGUUAUGGUAUCCCUCCAGGCAAAUCUGGCCUUGAAUUAACUGUUUAAAACUUCAAUAUGGAAAUCAAAAUCUGAAGCCAGAUUUAAAAUUUAAGUCAAAAAUCAAUCUAGGUCCAGCAAAAAAAUACUGUCUCAAAUUAUAAUUUGUUUUACUGAAAUACAUCUGAACUAUGCAAGUGUGAAUUACUGCUAAAAUGUAUGUCAACUAUAGUUUUUAUUUUUACCUGUCCCAGACAUGAGAAAAAAGACCUCAAACAAAUUAUUGUUGAAAAAUACUAAUAUUUAAUUUUAAAAUUUGAAAUAAAUUUGUAUUAUUAUAUUCAACAUUUAUAAAAUAUAUAAUUAUUUAGAAAUAUGAAAAAAAAACUUUGCAUAUUCACAAUUUAAAUAUAAAUGGUUUGUAUUUAAAAAAAAAUUUGAGUUUUAAUAGUUAGUUAUAACAUUCUACCAGAUUUCAGUGCUACAAAAAUAAAUUAUUAAGAAUUUAAAUAAUGUUAUUUAUAUGCAAAUAAAAUAAUUGUUUUCAGUGAUUUAUGUUUAAUAACAUAAAUGCAUAAUUUUAAUAAACCAUUUUAUUUUUAGGGAAGAUUCUAUCUUAGCAAGGAUAUGACUACUAGUCAUCGGAAUGAUAUAACUUCUAAACUACAAUUAUUAACAUUGCAUUUUCCAAAACUCCGAUUAGUGUGGUCUCCAAGUCCUUUUGCAACAGCAGAAUUAUUUCAUGAACUUAAGGUAUGGAUUUAGUCAAUGUGUUAAUAGUUAAGGAACUUUAAUUUUUUGUGAUGACCUAAUAAUUUAAAUCGGUAGGGUUACCCAUAUUAUUACAUGUAUUAUCAUGAAUUAAUAAUAUAUGAAUCUUAUUAAUUCUUAUACCUUUUAGAAAUAAGUAAAUCUUCAAAAGAAUAAGGACAUAAUAUUUAUUGAGGUAAAAACAUUACUAUGAAGUAUUUUUGGUAUUUGUAUAGUGUUAUGGAAAAGAACCAAUUUGAUCGCCAGUGAAGACUUUUAGGUGGCAUAUAAAUUUAUAUUUAUAUUAUGUAUACCAUUGCCUAUGGUACCUUAUCUAGGAGGGAUUGUCUCUACUUCAUUUCCUAAACAUAAUGACUUACAAAUUUAGCUACAGAUUGUAAAAAAGUACAGAGAGAAGAAAAAUAACAUAUGUAUGACUUUUAUAAAUUUAGAAAAGGUAUAUGACAGAUUACCGAUAGAAGCAGUAGUGUGCAACCCGGAAGUCCCCAAAAUGUAUACACCAAAUGAAAGUUAUAUAUACAGUUGAUUCGUAAUACCUCAAAGUUGAAGGGGGAAAAAAAUUCAAUUCAAGAUAUGUAUUAUUCGAGAUACUUAACUCAUAUUUAUCAAAAUUAAAUCAAAACUUUGAGUUAUGUAAUGAAAUAAUUUUACGAUAAAAUAUGUUAUGAUAAAUAAAUGAAUACAAAAACUAAAAUAGAUACAAUGGUAUUAUAAAUAUGUAUGUAUUAUUUAUUAGAUACAGUAAAACAAAAUUGAUGUGAGGGGUACUUUAAGGAGGUAAUUUUUCGAUUUUCUUAAGUUUUUUCAUCAAAUGUGGAAACUCCCCUCCCUCCUCCCAAAAAAAAAUUAGAAGGAAUAUGGGAAUAUUAUAUUUGUAUAAUGUGUCAUAUACUUCAACGAAGCUAUUUAUCACAAUUUUAUAUUCAAGUGUUAUGAUAAUUUUUAAAAAAUAAAAAAAAAUUGAGUUUUUAAGUUUUUCAAGUUAUUGCGACUUGACUGUAUAUAUUAUUUUAUAUAACGUAAUAUUUCUUGUACUAUAAGUGGCCUUAUCAAUCGUCGUAUGUUAUAUUAUUAUUUUAAUAUAACGAUAAUAAAUUCCAUUGAAUCACGCAGUAUAUGGGUUAUUUUUAAAUUUAAUCAGAAAUUAUUACUUUCUUUUACUUCAACUUAUUUAUAUGAAGCAUCAUUUUUAACAUUAGCAAUAAUAAAAAAAAAAAUAUCAAACUCAAUUUAAAUUCAAUCAUGUCUAUAAUUCAAGCACACAGGUCUCAUUAAAUUAAGUAAAUAUUUCCAUAUUAUACACUUAUGUAAUAUUUGUAGGAAAGGCGAUUGCCUCAUCGAAAUAAAUAAAUUUGGGGGCCGUGGAUCAACAAAGUGCACACCACUACAAUAGAGGUUCUGAUGUAGGCGCUAAUGAAAAAAGAAGUUCCGAGAUUAUAUAUUAAUUUGAUAUUAAGGUUCAAAUACUAGUGUAAGAAGUGUAAUAACAGAGGAUUUUGGGGUUAGAGUAGGUUUGCAUCAGAGGUCGGCCUUGAGCCUUGAUUGACAGGACAAGACUCCUAAUGACGAUAUGCUGUGACGUAACAGGUGAGAUUGUGAGCUUCAGUUCGAACCUUGGUUCAUUUGUUCAAAAUAAUGUAGUUUUGAUGAGGAUGUGAAACAUAAGAUAAAGCGGAAAGAAAAAUCCGGUAUUUUAGUUAACAAGAAAUUUCAAAUGGACUUAAAGGUAAGUUCUACAAGAGUGUGGUGAGACUGACUAUAGUAUGAGAGAAAAUAAAUAAGGAUUGAAUACAUAAAAUGUAACUUUUAUAUGGCUUUGAUAGUGGACAAAGUGAGAGAAAAUGGCUUAGAUGAUAUGUGCAUGUCAUGAGAAAAGAGGAAUGAAAGCAAUAAGAAUUCUAAUGAAAAUAAAGGUAGCAGGGAUAGGAGGCGAAUAAGACCAAAAUAAGAGAAGGUUGCAUGCAUUUGUGAAUAUGAGGAUGACUGGUGUUAGUGGGGGAUUGGAUUAAGUGGAAGUUUAGGACAAUGGUAGCCGAUUUAAAAUAGUUGGAGUGAAGGCAAAGGAGAAAAAGGUAUCAUUAACUAUUUCUAUUGACUUAUUUAUUUAUUAUAUUAAUUAUUUUAUCACAAUAUUGUCAAAUCCAAGCUUUAAAAAUGUAGUUUUCAUCACUUAUGGUUAUUAUUAAUUUUAAUUUUUUGUUUGAUAUUAAAGUAUGUAGUAAAUUUGUAUUAUGCCAUACAACAAAUAAAAUUUAGAUUUAUUUUUAUAAUUGUAUUUGUGAUUAUAUAGGAAGGAAAAAAUCAACCAAUUUCAUCAGAAGCUGCUAAUGUUGGUUUGGAAUCGGGACAAAAUUUUGACGAGGAGCAUUUCAAUGCAAUUAUUAAGGUGUUCAGUCAUAAUAAUUAUUUAAUAUUUAAAAAUCAUACAUAAUAUACACAAUAUGCAAUGUCUUCCAAAUAUUUAUAUUACAGUUUUUAAAAAAGGAGUAUGUGCAUUGGGAUGUUCCUAUUUGAACAUCAAGUGCACGCGUAUUCGUUUAAGAUAUAGAUUAGGUAUUAGAUAGUGGUAGAUAUUUAAAAUUAUGUUAUAAUAAAGCUCUAACGGUUCCAUAAUGACUGAGAAAAGAACACUAGAUAUCAAAUACACUUAAAAUCCUUUGAAAUAAUCACUGAUUCAUGAUACAUAUAAGAUAAAGUAUAUUGCAUAGAAAUACUUAAUGAUUGCAUUGAUCACUUAAUAAAAUGAUCUACUGAACAUUAUUAUUAUUUAUUUAAGAAUAUCUACAGUUCAUACAAUUAACAGUUAUAAGUAAAUUUGGUAUUUCCACAAUUCUAUUUGAAUUUAAUGAAUAUUUUAAUUAGUAAUGUUAAAAAUGUUAAUUAUGGGGUGGGUUAUAAUGGUGAUUAGAGAAUAAUAAAAAAUAUUAGGAGGGGUUUUGAAUAAAUAAUAGUAAUUUAUAGUGAUAUCUACUUUUAAAUUAUAAUUUGUAUUACUUAAUUUAGAUUUUUUUUUUUUUUUUUUAGGAUUUCAUAGGUAAAUUACCCGGUGUAACUAGUCAAAAUAUAUUUAAUUUGUUGAACAAAGGGAAGUCUCUGAUACACAUGUUAACAAUGUCUUUAAAUGAGUUAAAAAUUAUUGCCGGCAAUUCAACAGAUGCAGAAACAUUGUAUAAUGUACUCCAUAGAAAAUUAAAACCAUCCAAUCAACAAACAAUUGAUGUUAAAUCUGAGCCUAGUAAAGGAUUUCGUGCUACUAUGGCUAAAAAGCGUUUUAAAUUUUCAAAUAAAAAAUCUAAAUAG